AUGGCUCUGCCAGCGAACACCAAGUCGACGAACACGACGGAGACAGUGCGCGGCGAGCACCGGUUCGACAUCGACGGGUACAGCGGCAAGCUCCGGGCUGGGCGCGUCGUGACCUCCGAAACCUUCGCCGUCGGCGGCCUAGACUGGGCGAUCCGCUACCACCCCGCCGCCGCCGAGGUGGGAGACGAAGAGUACGUGUCCGUGUUCGUCAAGCUCGUGACGCCCAACGCCAGAGCGUGGGCGCUGUACGACCUCAGGCUUGUGGACCGCGCCACGGGGCUGCCGCGCUCGGUGCGCCGCCGCAGGGAGCCGGUGGCGUUCGACGCGAGCAAGGCGAGGAAGCGCGAGAGGGGCUCCCGCUUGUUCAUGACGGUGAGCGAGCUGGCGGCGUCGCCGUACCUCCGCGACGACCGACUCACCGUCGAGUGCGUGCUCGACGUCGUGGAGACGUUCCUCUCGGAGACCACGGCGUCUCCGGGAACCGCCGAGCCGCCGCCGCCCGACCUGUCGAGGCACCUCGGCGCGCUGCUGCUGCAGACGCCGGUGGGGGCGGACGUGAGCUUCGCCGUCCAAGGAGAAACGUUCCGCGCGCACCGCGUCGUGCUCGCGGCGCGGUCACCUGUGUUGAAGGCCGAGCUCUCCGGCUCGGCGCCGGCGAAGGAGGACGACGACGACGAUGCAAGUGAGGUGGUAGCCGUCGACGGCAUGGCGCCUCCGGUGUUCAAGACCCUGCUCCACUUCGUCUACACCGACACGUUGCCGGAGGAUCUGCUGGGUGAUCUUGGAAGGGAGGAGCAGCAGGAAUUUGUGCGGGAUCUCCUCGCAGGUGCGGAUCGAUACGGCAUGGAUCGGCUGAAGAAGAUAUGCGAGCUCGUUCUUAGGAAACCACUUGAUGCCAAGACCGUGGCAGCUGCGCUAGAUCAGCACCGCCAUUGCCAAUGCCAAGCUCUCGGAGACGGCAAUGUUCAGUUCAUGCCAUCCGCUUGA